UGGGACCCCCGGGCAAUAGGGGAUCAUGGGGCCCCUGUAUCCUUGCCCAAACUCAAAAAAGCCUAUGAAAAAGAGGUGCCCCAGGUGAGCUGUGUACACCGCCCUGGACUCCACAUCAUACUCAGAGCUUUGCACACUUCACUAUCCAAAGGAGUGGGGGUUAGAGACACUCAGGGGUGGACUGACAACUCAUGGGGCCCCCGGGCAAUAGAAGAUCAUGGGGCCCCUGUGUCCUUGCCCAAACUCAAAAAAGCCUAUGAAAAAGGUAUCAGGGGCAUCUCAUGGGGCCCCCUACUGACCCCGGGCCCUCAGGCAGUGCCCGAGUUUCCAAAUGGUCAGUCCACCCCU